UUGACUCAAACUCGAAACAAAUCUGUAGGGUUCGUUGUCUCCUUCAGGUCUCAAUCUCCUCUCUAAGACAGGACAGUUUUGCAGCUUCAGAUUUGACUUUUCACCAUGGCAGAGGAGGAAGUUGUUGAUCCAAAGAAGUACCUCGAGGAAUCUUGCAAACCAAAAUGUGUGAAGCCGCUACUCGAAUAUCAGGCGUGUGUGAAGAGAAUCCAAGGUGAUGACUCUGGCCACAAGCAUUGCACUGGGCAGUACUUCGACUACUGGAGUUGCAUUGACAAAUGUGUAAGUAGCUUUGAUUUUCCCUUUUCUGUUCACUUCGUCAUCUUCUUAUACGUUAUGAUACUGAGAUGAAAACUUGAUUGUGUAUCUUCAGGUCGCACCCAAACUUUUUGCAAAACUGAAAUGAAAACAAGGCGAAGCCGAUAUUGUCUUGAGUGUACUUCAUGUGGUUUGAAGAGGAUGUAUAAAACGCAGUGGAUGUUGAAACUUUUUUUCAUAACUGCAAACCUGAUUAUGCCAAAAUGGCUCUUCUUCGUGUUUUUUUUUUGUUUUAUCGCAAUUUGCGGUUAUUACACUUUUUGCUACAGUUCUUAUGCCUAAUAACAAGAAUUUGUCUCUUUUUUUUUAUCUUGGACUUAAUGUCCCCAAGAGACGCAUUUGAACAAAAUUUAUUAAGCUUGAAGUUUCAGCAAAGAUAGAUUAGGAUAUAUUAAAAACCCACCAAAG